CCUCUUUCUUCAGAUACCACAUGAUUUCUUAGCCAUUUUUUGUUCUUGCGUUCUUCCUCAGCGAAGGGUCGAAAAGGAGUAGCAACGAUACACGGUGUAGCGCAGUAGGUUUGCAGCAGCUCUGAGACUUUGUUUCGUUCCGCCCAUAACACGCCCAUCUUCUCACCAUAAAUAGUGCCGGUCAGACAGAGGUGCCCGCUCCUCUCUCCCCGCUGUUACCUGCGACCAGGACCGAGGUGCCUGCCCUACCCAGCUCGGUGUUAGCCGACAAUGGAGACAGAAAUUGAGCAACAAGAAAAAGAGACCUCAUUCAGCAACACAGAGACAAACGGUAAGCGUCCCACAGAGGACGCGGAGGAAGAGCAGUCCUUUAAGCGCUCCAGGAACACAGACGACAUGGUGGAGCUCCGCAUACUCCUUCAGAGCAAAAAUGCAGGAGCAGUGAUUGGGAAGGGUGGUAAAAACAUCAAAUCCCUGCGCACAGACUUCAAUGCCAGUGUGUCAGUCCCAGACAGCAGUGGGCCUGAGCGCAUUCUGAGCAUCAGUGCUGAAAUCGAGACCGUGGGAGAGAUCCUCCUCAAGAUCAUCCCUACUCUGGAGGAGUACCAACAGUAUAAUGGAAUGGACUUUGACUGUGAGCUGAGGCUACUGAUCCACCAGAGCCUGGCAGGUAGCAUCAUUGGUGUGAAGGGAGCCAAGAUCAAAGAGUUACGAGAGAACACCCAGACCAGCAUCAAGCUGUUCCAGGAAUGCUGUCCCCAGUCCACGGACCGCGUGGUUCUGGUCGGCGGCAAGUCUGAGCGCGUCGUUGAGUGCAUCAAGAUCAUGCUGGAGCUCAUCGCUGACGCUCCCAUAAAAGGGCGCGCCCAGCCCUACGACCCCAACUUCUACGACGAGACAUACGACUACGGCGGCUUCACCCUGAUGUUUGAGGAGCGCGGGGGUGGCGGCAGCCGGCGCCCCAUGGGGGGCUUCCACAUGCGAGGGGGACGAGGUGGCGGAGGUUUUGACCGAGGGCCCUCUGGACGAGGGGGUCGAGGGGGGCCCAUGCCCCCUGCCCGCAGGGACUACGAAGAGAUGAGCCCCCGCCGUGGACCCCCGCCUCCCCACCCAGUGAGAGGGGGGAGGGGUGAGAGUCGUGACCGCAACCUGGCCCCACCACACAGAGGAGGAGGAGAUGACCAGUACUCCUAUGACUCCUAUCGGGGCAGUGCAGAUGCCAGACCCAACAGUGACCGAAGAGGGAGACCAGGAGAUCGCUAUGGUGAUAACAUGGGUGGGGGUGGAUAUGAUAACAACUCUUCCUGGGACUCCUAUCAGUCUGGUGGACGCGGUUCCUACAAUGAUAUGGGAGGGCCAGUCAUCACCACACAAGUGACGAUCCCUAAAGAUCUGGCCGGCUCCAUCAUCGGUAAGGGAGGUCAGAGGAUCAAACAGAUCCGGCAUGAGUCUGGCGCCUCCAUUAAGAUCGACGAGCCACUGGAGGGUUCUGAGGAUCGCAUCAUCACCAUCAGCGGCACCCAGGACCAGAUCCAAAACGCUCAGUACCUAUUGCAGAAUAGCGCACUGCACCUGCUCGGACACCAGGACUAACCCUCGCCUCCGACUAGGCCCGCAUCACGUGCUCUCUCCCCAUCUCAGACUCUCCCAACCCCCUCUCCCACCCUCAACCACCUCUCCCACCCCCAACCCCUCUAUAUCUUUAUUGACUCCUGUGAAUUUUCUUUUUACUCUUUCAGUGUGAAGCAGUACUCUUGUCAGUUCCCCUAAACCAGGAGACUCAGAUUGAAGCAAAUCCCUCACAUCCCCAUCUUAUUGUCCCGGUUUGUGGGCAUUUUGUUAAUUUUUUUAUUUUAAGGUCCAACAUUCCUAUGUUAAAUGUAGACGUUCUGCAUUUUUUUGUGUAGUUCUCUACUCCAUCUCUUGUAUUUGUAUAAAAUAAAACAUUUGUCAAAAUAUUUGGAGUCUCCUGACAGACAAGUGAACAUUAUCUUUAUUUUUGGAUGGGUUGAUUUCUAUUGGUGUGUUUGUCAGUAGAGUACGACUGUCCCAUGUGUGUGUUUUCUUUCUGUCGGUAUUGGAGUUACUCACACACACACCUUACCACCACUCACACACACACCUUACCACCACUCACACACACACCUUACCACCACUCACACACACACCUUACCACCACUCACACACACCCCUUACCACCACUCACACACACCCCUUACCACCACUCACACACACCCCUUACCACCACUCACACACACCCCUUACCACCACUCACACACACCCCUUACCACCACUCACACACACCCCUUACCACCACUCACACACACCCCUUAACACCACUCACACACACACACCUUACCACCACUCACACACACACCUUACCACCACUCACACACACACCUUACCACCACUCACACACACACACUUUACCACCACUCACACACACCUUACCACCACUCACACACACACCCCUUACCACCACUCACACACACCCCUUACCACCACUCACACACACCCCUUACCACCACUCCGUGCAACAUGCAGAAUGUACGCCUUCGUUUUUUUUUUAAGGAACAUUUUAUUUUAUGAUUUAAAAAAAUAAAUGUAGAAAAUUGUAAUUUGUCAUGUUUUUAAUUUGAAUGAAAUGUUUCAGGAUGUAUCGGGGUGACAUGGGGAUUAUACACAAGUAUUCUUAUUAUUCAUCACAUUUCCUGGCUGUACACUUUUGUAGGACUGUUUUUUUUUUUUGUCUUGGCGAUAUAGUCAUGCCAUAAAGCCUGCUUUAUUAGCCAUGCUGAACAGUCCUUAUUUUUGGCAUGGGACAUGGUAAUAUGGUUACAAGCAAUGUCUGGUGUAUGCAUCUCCUAGUGGGUUAGGCUUUUCUUCUAGAAUCCUUUUUUAAAGUUAAAAAUAAAAAUAAAGAUUGAAACGUC